AUGAAGGAGAAUUUCGUGAGAUUCGAGAAGGAAGCAGAGAAGAUGGGGCUCCAAAUCAACGAAAACAAGACGAAAUAUAUGUAUAUGAGCCGCAAUAACCAAAGCGGAGACAGAAUCGGUCAGAAAAUCACCAUCAAUGACUUUAACUUUGAGCGCGUUAGAGAAUUCAAGUAUCUUGGAAUAACAAUAACUGAAGACAAUAACGCAUCGCAAGAAAUAAACAACAGGAUUCAGGCCGGCAACAGAUGUCUUUUUGCCCUCCAAAACCUUAUAAAAUCAAAACAACUAACACGAGGUACGAAGAUACAGGUAUACAAAACAAUCAUACGCCCGUUGUAAUGUAUGGAAGCGAAACGUGGACAAUAACAAAGGCAAACGAAGAGAGACUAUGUGUUUGGGAAAGAAAAAUCCUAAGGAAGAUCUUUGGUCCUGUGCUGGAUGAUAAAAACUAACAAAGAGCUGGAAGAACUUUACCCAGACGCCAAAAUCAUAAAAGAUAUAAAGUCCAGAAGACU